AUGAGUUCUGAUCCUCUAAAACACUCGGUUAACCAGUACCUAGAAGAACUUCCGCAACCUGUCCAAACAAGACUUUACGAAUCACCGGCAACAUGUCUGGCGAUCUAUAGAUUAUUACCGGAGCUAGCGAAAUAUUUUAUGAUGUCAAUGGUAUUCAAUGAGAACUUUAUUUUAUUACGUGAUCUUGAUAGAUGGGUGAAACCUAAUGGGAAAAUACAAUUUCAAGAGGCCAUUAAGUCCUUAAAAUCUUUACAUUUAAUUAUGCCUAAAAAAAAUGAAAAGGGGGCAUUGAUGAUAGGUUUGAAUCCUACAUUCAGAGAAAGUUUUAAAAAUGCAUUGACUGGGGGUAAAGUUCACAAUUCUUUUGGUAUUGUCAUAGAAGAUAAUAGUAUUUCGAUGGAUAUUCUGAAUGAGUAUUCAGCAUCGAAAUGGGAGACAAUUCUUCACUUCAUGGUUGGUACACCUAUUUCCACUAUCCCAUCUGCAAAUGUCUUAAAUUUAUUGAAAAGUAGUAGGUUGAUGGAGGAAACUGAAACUACAGCAGAAUUUAAAAUCACAAAUGAAGGUUUCCAAUUCCUUCUACAAGAGGCAAAUGCACAAAUAUGGACUUUAUUGUUACAGUAUCUAAAAAUGGCUGAAAGUUUUCAAAUGGAUCCUGUUGAUAUUUUAAAUUUCAUCUUUAUGUUAGGUUCCUUAGAAGUAGGGAAAGCAUACAGUACAAACGGCUUAAGCGAUACUCAAAAAAAUAUGUUAAAAGAUAUGAGAGAUUAUGGUUUAAUAUUUCAAAAGAACUCGGAGGCGGCUGUGUUUUAUCCAACGAAUCUUUCUAUUGUACUUACUUCAGAUAAUAAAAAUGCAAUCAGAAGUGCAUCUGGUGCAUUAGAUAGUGUGGUUCAAAAAAAUAAAGAAGGAGCAGGAAGUAUUGAUACAACAGGCGCACUCAAUAAUGAUGACCAAAUCGGGUUACAAGGUCAGCAAACACCAGAAGGUGCAUUAAUUGUGGAAACAAAUUUCAAACUAUAUUCAUACUCUAACUCACCUUUACAAAUUGCUAUUUUAAGUUUAUUUCUACAUUUAAAGACUAGAUUUGCAAAUAUGGUGACUGGUCAAAUUACAAGAGAGUCAAUUAGAACUGCGUUAACCAACGGUAUCACAGCAGAGCAAAUCAUCGCAUAUUUAGAAACUCAUGCCCAUCCUCAAAUGAGAAGACUUGCUGAGGAAACCUUAUUGAAAAAAUUAGACUUAGAUCCCAACAGUAAGGAUACGUUGCAAAUUCUUCCACCGACAGUUGUUGAUCAAAUUAGAUUGUGGCAAUUAGAACUUGACAGAGUCAUAUGUUAUGAUGGUUCUUUGUAUUCGGACUUUGAAACAAGUACAGAGUACAAUUUAUUAUCGAAAUAUGCUCAGGAUAUUGGUGUAUUACUUUGGAGGGACGAUAAGAAGAGAAAAUUUUUCGUUUCUAAGGAAGGCAAUUCUCAAGUUCUUGAUUACGCCAAAAGAAAACUAAAUAAUAAAUAG